AUGGCGGACCGGGACCCGGUGCCGCUUCCUGCGGAGGUGCGGGCCAAACUGGCCGAGCUGGAGCUGGAGUUAUCCGAGGGUGACAUUACACAGAAGGGCUAUGAGAAGAAGCGGUCCAAGCUGAUUGGAGCCUUUUUCCCACCUGCACCAGGAAUGGAUCCGCCCAUGGGCCAGGAGAGGAGAACCCCGGUCACUCCGUCCUCGUCCUCCCGCUACCACCGCCGGCGGUCUUCUGGCUCCAGAGACGAACGUUACAGAUCAGAUGUGCACACAGAGGCGGUGCAGGCGGCCCUGGCUAAGCACAAAGAGAGGAAGAUGGCGGUGCCGAUGCCUUCGAAGCGGCGGUCGCUGGUGGUCCAGACUUCAAUGGAUGCCUACACCCCACCAGAUACCUCUUCAGGCUCAGAGGGUGAGGGUCAGGGCGACGGCGAUGAGGAGGGAGGAGGUGACGGCGAAGAAGAGGAUGGAGGAGGUGGCGGGGGAACUUCGUCCAGCCGGGAGGGGAGCAUCAGCAUGGAUCACUGGAUAAGCAGGGCCAUCCACGGCACCUCCUCCACCACCACUACCACCUCCUCCACGGCCUCCUCCUCCUCUUCCUCCACACGCAGCGGAGGGAGCGGGGCAGCGGGUGGCAGGCUGGCUGACGUCCUGGCCCAACACGUCCACAUUUCCGCCCACCACCACCUCCGCCACCACCACCGUCACCACCACCACAAGACGGAGAACCACUCUGCCCCUCCAGAUGUCACCGGCUACACCAACAACACCGCCAAUGCGACCACCACCGACGGGAUCCAGGUGGAGAGAGCCCCGGGCGCCGGCACCGCGGCCCAGAGACAGGCGCCCAAGUAUGGUAACGCUGAGCUGAUGGAGACCGGAGAUGGUGUUCCAGUCAGCAGCAGAGUUUCAGCCAAAAUUCAGCAACUCGUCAACACUCUGAAGAGACCCAAGCGGCCGCCGUUAAGAGAGUUCUUUGUUGACGACUUUGAGGAGCUCCUGGAGGUCCAGCAGCCAGAUCCCAAUCAGCCCAAGGCAGAGGGGGCUCAGAUGGUGGCCAUGCAGGGUGAGCAGUUGGGCGUGGUAACCAACUGGCCACCGUCUCUGGAGGCGGCCCUACAGAGGUGGGGCACUAUCUCUCCUAAGGCCCCCUGUCUCACCACCAUGGACACCAACGGCAAGCCGCUCUACGUGCUCACAUACGGAAAACUGUGGUCUAGAAGUGUGAAGGUGGCUUACAAUCUGCUGCACAAAUUGGGAACCAAGCAGGAACCACUUGUCAGGCCUGGAGAUCGGGUGGCGCUGGUCUUCCCAAACAACGACCCUGCAGCCUUUAUGACGGCUUUUUACGGCUGCCUGCUGGCCGAAGUUGUCCCUGUGCCAAUAGAAGUACCACUGACUAAGAAGGAUGCCGGCAGUCAGCAGAUCGGGUUUCUGUUGGGGAGCUGUGGAGUUACAGUGGCUCUGACCAGUGACGCCUGCCAUAAAGGGUUACCCAAGAGUCCCACUGGAGAGAUCCCACAGUUCAAAGGCUGGCCCAAGGUGCUGUGGUUCGUCACAGAAUCCAAACACCUUUCCAAACCUCCCCGAGACUGGUUCCCACAUAUCAAAGACGCUAACCAGGACACUGCCUACAUCGAGUAUAAGACCUGUAAGGACGGCAGCGUCCUCGGUGUGACGGUGAUGAGGAUAGCCAUGCUCACACACUGCCAGGCCCUCACACAGUCCUGCUCAUACACAGAAGCUGAGACCAUAGUGAAUGUAUUAGACUUCAAGAAGGAUGUAGGACUGUGGCACGCUGUCCUGACAAGUGUAAUGAAUAUGAUGCAUGUCAUCAGUAUUCCCUACGCCCUCAUGAAGGUCAACCCUCUGUCCUGGAUCCAAAAAGCCUGCCAGUACAAAGCCAAGGUGGCGUGUGUGAAGUCGCGGGAUAUGCACUGGGCUCUGGUGGCCCACCGGGACCAGCGAGAUGUAAACCUGAGCUCCCUGCGCAUGCUGGUUGUGGCUGACGGUUCAAAUCCCUGGUCGAUCUCAUCCUGUGACGCCUUCCUCAACGUCUUCCAGUCUAAAGGUUUAAAGCCGGAGGUCAUAUGUCCCUGUGCCAGCUCCCCCGAGGCUCUGACUGUAGCUAUAAGGAGACCUGUGGAAGAGGGCAGCACCCCUCCUGGUCGUGGCGUGCUGUCCAUGCAGGGUCUGAGUCAUGGCGUGAUCCGGGUCGACUCAGAGGAGAAGCUGUCUGUCCUCACGCUGCAGGAUGUCGGAUCCGUCAUGCCCGGAGCUAUGAUGUGUGUGGUGAAGCCUGAAGGUGUUCCUCAGCUCUGUAAAACUGAUGAGAUUGGAGAGUUGUGCAUUUGUACUGUUGCCACGGGAACCUCGUACUACGGUCUGUCCGGCAUGACCAAGAACACCUUUGAGGUCUUCCCCACGUCCAACAACGGGGCUCCCAUCAGUGAGUUUCCCUUCACCAGGACCGGCCUGCUGGGAUUCAUCGGACCUGCGGGCCUGAUCUUUGUGGCAGGGAAGAUGGACGGUCUGAUGGUGGUCGGGGGGCGUCGGCACAAUGCUGACGACAUCGUUGCGACGGCGCUUGCCGUGGAGCCCAUGAAGUUUGUCUACAGGGGCAGGAUAGCAGUGUUCUCCAUCACAGUGCUUCAUGAUGAGAGGAUUGUGGUCGUGGCAGAGCAGCGGCCCGACUCCACAGAGGAAGACAGCUUCCAGUGGAUGAGCCGAGUUCUGCAGGCGAUAGACAGCAUCCAUCAGGUGGGGGUGUACUGCCUGGCUCUGGUGCCCUCCAACACUCUGCCCAAGACUCCCCUGGGUGGCAUCCACCUGUCAGAGACCAAGCAGCUCUUCUUGGAGGGGUCGCUGCACCCCUGCAACGUGCUCAUGUGUCCGCACACCUGCGUCACCAACCUGCCCAAACCCCGGCAGAAACAGCCAGAGAUUGGUCCUGCAUCUGUGAUGGUCGGGAAUCUGGUGUCAGGGAAGAGGAUUGCUCAGGCCAGCGGCAGGGAUCUGGGUCAGAUUGAAGACAAUGACCAGGCAAGGAAGUUCCUCUUCCUGUCAGAGGUUUUACAGUGGAGAGCCCAGACCACUCCAGACCACGUCCUGUACACACUGCUCAACUCCAGGGGUACUAUAGCCAGCUCUCUGACUUGUGUUCAGUUGCAUAAGAGGGCAGAGAAGAUCGCCGGCAUGCUGGCUGAACGGGGCCACCUACAGGACGGAGACCACGUCGCACUGGUCUACCCUCCAGGUAUCGACCUCAUUGUGGCGUUUUACGGCUGCCUUUACGCCGGUUGCGUGCCGAUCACAGUGCGACCGCCUCACCCACAGAACAUCGCCACCACGCUGCCCACUGUCAAAAUGAUUGUGGAGGUGAGCCGGUCAGUGUGUGUGAUGACCACACAGCUCAUCUGUAAACUGCUGAGGUCGAAGGAAGCCUCGGCCGCCGUGGAUGUCCGGACCUGGCCCCCUGUCCUGGACACAGAUGAUUUGCCAAAGAAGAAACCCCCUCUGCUGUAUAAACCGUCCAACCCCGACACCCUGGCCUACCUGGACUUCAGUGUCUCCACCACUGGCAUGCUCGCUGGAGUCAAGAUGUCUCACACAGCCACCAGUGCCUUCUGCCGCUCCAUCAAGCUGCAGUGUGAGCUUUACCCGUCCAGAGAGGUCGCCAUCUGCCUGGACCCGUACUGCGGCCUGGGCUUCGUCCUCUGGUGCCUUUGCAGUGUGUACUCAGGUCACCAGUCCAUCCUGAUCCCUCCAUCCGAGCUGGAGGUGAACCCCGCACUCUGGCUGUCGGCCGUCAGUCAGUACAAAGUCCGUGACACUUUCUGCUCCUACAGCGUCAUGGAGCUCUGCACCAAAGGCCUCGGCCUGCAGACAGACUCUCUGAAGUCUCGAGGAUUGGACUUGUCUCGGGUGAGGACCUGUGUGGUUGUAGCAGAGGAGCGUCCCAGGACAGCCCUGACGCAGUCCUUCUCCAAACUCUUUAAGGACCUGGGACUCCACCCUCGAGCCGUCAGCACCUCCUUCGGCUGCAGGGUCAACCUGGCAAUCUGCCUGCAGGGCACCUCAGGACCCGACCCCACGACUGUGUAUGUUGAUAUGAGAGCGCUACGGCAUGACAGGGUCAGACUAGUGGAGAGGGGGUCGCCACACAGCCUGCCACUGAUGGAGUCUGGGAAGAUACUGCCGGGUGUCCGAAUCAUCAUCGCCAACCCAGAAACCAAGGGACCAAUGGGAGAGUCGCAUCUGGGCGAGAUCUGGGUGCACAGCAGCCACAACGCCAGCGGCUACUUCACCGUCUACGGAGACGAGGCGCUGCAGUCGGACCAUUUCAACUCCAGACUCAGCUUCGGAGACACGCAAACAAUCUGGGCUCGAACCGGAUACCUGGGCUUCCUCCGCAGGACCGAACUGACCGACGCCAGCGGAGAGCGCCAUGAUGCCCUGUACGUGGUCGGUGCUCUGGAGGAAGCCAUGGAGCUGAGAGGGAUGCGUUACCACCCCAUCGACAUCGAGACCUCCGUCAUCAGGACGCACAAGAGCAUCACAGAGUGCGCGGUGUUCACGUGGACCAACCUGCUGGUGGUGGUGGUGGAGCUGGACGGCUCAGAGCAGGAGGCCCUGGAUCUGGUCCCUCUGGUCACCAACGUGGUGCUGGAGGAGCACUACCUGAUCGUGGGCGUGGUGGUGGUGGUGGACAUCGGCGUCAUCCCCAUCAAUUCCCGCGGUGAGAAGCAGCGCAUGCACCUGCGCGACGGCUUCCUGGCCGACCAGUUGGACCCCAUCUACGUGGCCUACAACAUGUAGCGCCCCCCAUUGGCCAAUAUGGAGGUGGAUGAAGCAAAGACAGUCUGCUCCUGACUAAAAACAAUAAAACCGGAGUCAAGAGGCCGAGUUUUAGGCACUAGGGGAGAAAUAGUUGACUUUUUUUGCCCUGAAUUUUGUCUCUCUGGCAGCACUUACUCCCAGGCUAUGUACUUCUGCCAGCCAGCUCCCAAAAUCAACGAGGAGGCUCAGCCUGUACAGCUGUACUCAGCCUGAGAGGAAGUGCAGCCGCCCCAAUCCAGAGCAACCAAGUCCCCAUUUGUGCCGAUUGUUUCCCGGAAAGUGGCAAUUGUGCGGCCGGGGCCGGGGCCGGUACAGGACAAUCGUUAACGUAGCAAAGAUUUGUGCUUUUAAAUUGCGUGUGGCUCACUCUGCUUUCCUGUUAAGUAACGUUAUUUGCUGAAGUCGCUUGUUUUUUGUGUGUUGUUUUUUUUUUUUUUUGUCAUUGUUUUUUAACAUGUUCUCGAAAAAGUUUAGGCUAUUUUUUGAAAAGGAUAUUUACACAAAAACAAACCGUGGCAAAAAAUGCUAUUUUACGUUUUUACGAUGUCAACCAUAACAAAAGAGUGAGCUAUGUUUUGAUAGAGGGUGGGGUCUGAAGAGGCGAAUCGCAGCUGUCCUUCAAUUUUAUGAUGAGGUACUACAAGUUUGUUUUGUUAGCUUGCUGUUCUUUUUUAUUUAGCAUUAUUUUCUAAACCGUCCGUCCCAUCUCAGCGGGAAAUCAGUGUGCUAAUUGUCAUAAACUUCAUAAACAGCUGCAGCCUUUAACUCUGUUUAUUUUUGCGUACAAACUUUGCUUCGAACAGAACACACAAAUUCAUAUCAUGUAAGUAUGUACAAAAAGAAACCGAUUUAAUUUAUUUUGUUUCUCUUUUAGAAGUAUAUGACGAGACGUUCAAGAAUGUUUUGCUCUUGAAUAUUUGCUAAUAUAAAAAACAAAAAAGCAUUGUAUUAUCUUGAGUGAAACACACUCGCAACAAGCAUAUUAUGGAAAAUAGAACUAUAUGAUUAUAGAUUAUAUUAAAAGAUGAGUAAAGGGUUCAGCAGUUUGACACAGGAGGCUUUUAAUCUGCACGUUGGUCUGAAAUGUUUCAGUCAGUCAGCUGGAAGAUUAUAAGUGAAGCUUUGAAGAGUUUUAUUCCAGCUUCCAUGUGAAGAGUUCUGAAGCAAAAUGUCCAGUUUGGAGAAAAAAGGUCAAACCUUUACUGACUUAAUCUAAUAGAGGCAUUAGGAUAAGUAAUUCCUUAAAUUAUGAAUAAUUACCUCAAAUGUGUAAUUGGUGCACUCAAUGUUUUUCAUAGCAAGUGCUUUAUUGAAUAAUACACCUAAAAUUGUAUAAUUUGUCCCCUUUCCUCUCCCUUGUGGAGGGCAGCAGUAAGACCUCGCUUCAUUCAGAUUUUUAUUUAAUUUGUUAUAAAUUGGAUCUGGAAAUGUAUAAUAUCCUGACAGUUUUUACAGUAAAACAAACUUUAGCCUGAGUCAAGUUUAAGGGUUUUAAGGCGAUAAGAAAAUGUGAAUGUCAUUUAUUCAGCUUUGCUGACCUCUAGUGGUGACGAGGGGGAACAUUGUAGAGAACAAGUUUGUUUUAAGUGGAUCAGUGCAUCAGAACUCUUCAUAUAACAUGUUUUAUCAGGGAACAAACGUGUUUUCUGACAUUUAAAUCUAAUAAAUUGGAUUAGAGUUUAAUUUCUCUAUAAUUUUUCCAACUGUCCUUACUAGAAUGAAACUCCUUAAUUCAAAACAGACCAACAGCAGUACUGGAUUAUUUUCUUUUAACACCUCCGGCUGGGAAAAGGUGAAUCCUCAUCAAUACCUUUGAGUGUCCUGAAAAUGGCAGGUAGGCGAGCUGCCGCUACUAUUGUAAAUAUCAGAGUCAGAAGUCCUUCAUAUUUUUACAUGGGACGAUCAAUCAGGGCUCAUACAGUGAUGUCACGACAGGAAUAAAGACUGAAACAGGAAGCAGAAGCUGACGGCAUUUUACCAGAGACCCUUUAACUCAUUAAGGAGCUGUGGAGAGGUCAAUGGAAUACGACGUUCAGUCAGUGAAACGUGAUUUGAGGUUGAAGCUUCUUGGCAGAUAAUGUUCUAGUUUCAACACAAGAGGGUUUUUGAAAAGGAAAAAAAAGCACUUUCUUCACUGUUUGUUUCUCUUUUUAUCAGCAAAAUGUACGUCCCCCAGUAUGUUUUUUUUAAGGUUUUAAAAAAUGUCUUAUUUGAGUUGACAUAGUCUUUCAAUUAAAUAAAUAUUUCAACAAUUUUGACAAAA